AGACUUUGAGGAGGAGACAUGGCGUGCGUCAGUGAGAAUGUGGGAACGGUGCAGGGCCGGAUAAAGGUGGAGGUCCACGGCUUGAGUCUGGAGUCAGAUUUCAGUGUUUUUUGAGGGGGCAGAUUGAGCGGAGGGUGAACUGAGGCUGUCUUUGUUCAGGAACAGCUCCUGACGGUGCGGUGCGGAGCGCGUAGGCUCACUGCGCCAGCGGGGGAGACAUACAGCGCCUCACGUUUCUGCUUCAACGCCGCAAGCUCAUUGAGUGAGCGUGGAGACAUGACUCGCGGACCUAUGCCUUUCCUAAGAGUGCCGCCGUGGUGCUGUUUGUACCUCACUGCGUUGUGGUUUUUCCAUCCAGCAAGCGCGCUCCAGCUGCAGGACGAGCGAGGAUCUAGUAGCCAGCUGGAUCUGACGGAGCUCAUUGGAGUUCCUCUCCCUCCAUCUGUCUCUUUCAUUACUGGAUUUGAGGGUUUUCCUGCAUACAGCUUUGGUCCAGAUGCCAACGUAGGCCGUCUCACACGCUCCUUCAUUCCUGACCCCUUCUUCCGUGACUUUGCUAUCAUUGUCACUGCUAAACCCACCACUCGGGAUGGAGGAGUUCUAUUUGCCAUCACAGAUGCUCCACAGAAGAUAGUGCACUUGGGAGUAGCACUGGCUCCAGUAGAGGAUGGGUCACAGCAAGUGGUUUUAUAUUACACGGAACCAGGAGCCACACGCACUCAGGAGGCUGCUUCCUUUAAGAUGGUGGACCUGACAGGCCGCUGGGCCAGAUUCACACUGGCUGUGCUAGGAGAUGAGGUGAAGCUCUAUAUGGAUUGCGAGGAGCACCAUAGGGUUGCUUUCCGCAGGAGUCAGAAGAGUCUUACGUUUGAGCCCAGCUCAGGCAUCUUUGUGGGGAAUGCAGGAGGAGCCAGGCUGAAGAGGUUUGUGGGAUCUAUCCAGCAGUUGGUUUUGACUCCGGAUCCAAGGGCACCGGAUGAGCAGUGCGAGGAGGAUGACCCCUAUGCAUCUGGGUAUGGCAGUGGUGAUGAUGAAUAUUAUGACACAGAGACCACAGACGAAGUAAAGAAAGUACAUGAGGAGAGACACUACCCUGUACCUGAUGAAGAUCAGACACUUCCGGUUAGAGCGCCCCCUACUGAAGCAUCUUCUGAGGCUCCAUUUGAUGAUGAAGACUUGGAGACAGAGUCCUCAGGUCAGGACCUGGUGCUUACUGAGAGAGAGCCGAGCAGGCCAGAGAAAGCUGUAUAUCAUAAAGGAGAUGAUUAUCCACUUAUGAUGCCAGUGCAUAAAGGGGAGAAAGGUGAACCUGGGCCUCCAGGCCCACCUGGCCCACAAGGACCCCCAGGCACUGCAAGCUCAUAUGGCCCUAAGGGAGACAGCUCAUCUUGGGUAGGACAGCCGGGUGCUCAGGGCCCUCUAGGAAUACCAGGACCUAAAGGUGAACCAGGGAAGGACGGCCUUCCUGGUAGUCGUGGAGACAAUGGAGAACGAGGAAAUCCAGGGUUCCCAGGUAUACCAGGUGAUCCAGGAAUAAAGGGAGAAAAGGGUGAUCCUGGAGUUGGUCUGCCUGGACCCCCUGGGCCUCCGGGACCAGCAGGAAGAUCAGGGACACCCCGAUAUGUGGAUGCCAUUGAUGGUUCUGGAUUUGAGGACUUUGACAGUGACACAGAGGUUAUUAGGGGUCAACCUGGGCCUCCAGGACCUCCAGGGCAGCCUGGUCCACCUGGCCCCCCAGGUCUCUCUCCUGGUCCAACGGGACCUCCAGGGGCUCCAGGGAAAGAUGGGAAGGAUGGGGUGAUGGGUAGUCCAGGAAUUCCAGGUGUUAACGGCAGAGAUGGUGAACCAGGAAAAGCAGGCCAAAAAGGAGAGAAGGGUGAAGCUGGUUUACCCGGGAACACAGGACAAAAGGGUGACUCAGGGAAGCCAGGCCUCCCAGGACAACCAGGAGCAGCAGGAACAGAAGGCCCAAUUGGAAUACCUGGCCCACGAGGACCCCCAGGACCUCCAGGUCCACCUGCACGCUUUAGUUUUGAUGUACUGGAUUCUGAGGGCUCAGGAGUGGGAGGAGGCAGUGGCUUUGGGCCGAUUCUCCCUAGAGGGCCUCCUGGUAUUCCUGGUUUGCCUGGGCCCCCAGGACCACAGGGAAAAGAUGGUUUGAACGGUCUUCCAGGCACUUCACAGAAGGGGGAGCCUGGACCUGCAGGAUCUGAAGGGAAACCUGGACUACCUGGACUUCCUGGAAGAAAUGGAGAAAAAGGACAGAAAGGGGAAAUAGGGCAGAAGGGAGAAAGAGGUUUAGAUGGAGUCAGCCUUCCUGGUCCACCAGGGCCGCCCGGACCUCCCGGACCUCUCAUCAACCUUCAGGACUUAAUGCUGAAUGAUACUGAGGGACUUUACAACUUUACAGGGCUUUUUGAACCACAAGGUCCUUUGGGGCCAAGAGGGCCAAAGGGUGACCGCGGCAUCCCAGGAGUUCAGGGCCCCCCAGGGUUAAAGGGUGAGAAAGGAGAACCAGGGAUAACUAUUGGUGCAGAUGGAUCACUGUUGUCUGUAGUGCAUGGGCCUCAGGGACCAAAAGGACUCAAGGGUGACAGUGGUGUUCCUGGACUGCCUGGUUUACUGGGCCCGGUCGGACCAAGGGGACCCAAAGGGGAAUUUGGAUUUCCUGGCCGCCCAGGUCGUCCUGGUUUGAACGGACGCAAAGGAGAAAAGGGAGACUCAAAUGGAUUACUGGGCCCACCUGGUCCCCCCGGCCCACCUGGACGUCCCGGAAUGUUCAACUGUCCCAAAGGAACAGUGUUCCCGAUUCCUCCACGGCCCCACUGUAAAACAGCCACCAACAGCAAUUCUACUGCAGAGGGAGCCAGCUGUUCAACAUCUGGAGCUAAAGGGGAGAAGGGUGAAAGGGGUCUUCCUGGUCCUCCAGGUCCAACAAUUACCAUGCUGAGUGCAGGCACCAUGGGAGAGAAAGGUGACUAUGGCUUUCGGGGAGAGAAGGGAGAGAAAGGCGAGGCAGGGAUGCCAGGGGCAACAGGGAUGCCUGGAACAUCUGGGUUGGUGGGACCUAAAGGAGAAUCAAUCAUUGGACCUUCUGGUCGUCCAGGACUUCAGGGGCCACCUGGGCCUCCUGGUAUUGGGAGACCUGGUGCCACCGGACCCCGAGGCCCUCCCGGACCUCCCGGACCUCCUGGCUAUAGCUCUGGUGCUGUUAUCACUGGUCCACCUGGACCUCAAGGUCCUCCUGGUCCACCAGGACCAGCUGCUGGUGGCUUUGGCUCAGUAAAGAAAUACCCAAACCUUUAUGCCUUGAAGCAUGAGUCGUACUUGGUUGAAGAGGGAACACUGUCCAUGGUUAAGGAUACGAGUAAACUGUACUUCAAGGUCCAAGGGGGUUGGAGAGAGAUUCAGCUUGGUGGGUUAAUUGAGGUGAAUUCCCCUACUGUUCUCUCACAAGAUGAUGCUCACCCUUUAAUAGUGACUCCUCGACUCAGCAAUACACCUAAAAUUCACACGGGAAGUGCGCUUAGGCUGGUUGCCCUGAACACUCCACUGACUGGGGACCUGGGCUCCAUUCACUCAGUGAAUAAGCAGUGCAGACUGCAGGCUCAGGCCAUGGGAAUCCGAGACGAGUACAGGGCUUUCCUUUCUCACCACCUACAGGACCUGAUUGACAUUGUAGAGCCACCCUACCGUACCAGCCUGCCCAUCGUUAACCUCAGGGGUGAAGUUCUGUUUAAAAACUGGGAAAGCAUCUUCUCCAAUCACAUUCUCCCUGCCGGGAUCCCCCUCUACUCUUUUGAUGGACGAGAUGUGAUGAGUGAUCCUUUCUGGCCACAAAAGGCCAUAUGGCAUGGAUCAUCGGAGAGGGGAAGGCGUCUGGAAGAUAAGAACUGCGAGUCUUGGAGAGCUGGAGACAUGGCCAUCACGGGUCAGGCUUCCUUCCUCUACAGUGGCCUCCUGAAUCAGCAGACCCGUAGCUGCUCCAACCAGUUUGUUAUUUUGUGCAUCGAGACCAACCCCAACCACAACACCGUCGAAGAACUCCAACGGGCACAGUUUCGCCACAGACGCUGGCAUUACAGAUAUUAACGUCGACACCAGAAAACCUCUGCCAUCAACACGUCAACAUGCUAGAAGAUGUAAAUAUCUGUACGUUGAUGAAAGGCCAUGUCAUUGAGAAACUAAAGAUCCAUCGGUGAGAGCCAUUCUCAGGUUUUCGAGCACAUGGACAUUUUGUAGCAAAGCCAUUUCUCUCACAAUGUAAAGCUGCAUGAUAACGAUGUUUAAGCAGAGGGACGCACCGGGUCUUCAUUCCCUACAAGUCAUUUUGAUGCACUGUAUUUUCAAUUUUCAAUUUUUGGAAAUUCAUAGAUGUCUUUUUUUCUACUUCACAUCAUCUUUUCAUUUCAAGUAGCAAAAGAUGUGUCAGUAUUUAAUUUAAUUUCAGUGUUUUAUUUAUAUCUGACCGCACAUAAUCUAAAUGUCCAAAAAUUGAGGAUAAAUAUGUAAUUUAUAGUUUCAGCUGUUCAGAUAAAAUCUGCUCCUGUUUCUUGCCUCUUUUAUAAAAGAAGAAUUUCUACAGCAUGUCUGUUGAUGAAAUUAUAUUCCUUUUUUUUUUGUAGUUUCUGGAAAUGUGACUGCAAAUAUUUUUUUUUUUUCCAGAGAGAGAUCAAGUCCUCAUUUUCUUUUGUUUCGGUUUUUAGGCCAACAGUUUGAGCAGUGGUUAGUGGUAAGGAAGUAAGGAGUAUUCUUUCUUUUCACUGGUGCUUAUUAAAUAAAAUCUCUUUUCCAAA